AGAGCAUUUCAAGCUCACAUAAAUGUUGAAAUGUGUAAUAGUGUAGAGUCAAUAAAAUAUAUUUGUAAGUACAUUAAUAAGGGCAGUGACCAAGCUACAUUUGCUUUGAGAAAUGAAAAUGAUGAAGUUACAAGAUUUCAGUCAGGCAGAUAUAUAAGUUCUUCAGAAGCUGUGUGGCGGAUCUUAAGUUUCAACAUUCAUGAAAGAUAUCCACCUGUGACCCAUCUGGAUGUUCAUCUUGAAGGCGGUCAACGUAUAUAUUUCAACACCGAAAAUGUCACAGAACGGUUAGAGAACCCUAGACAAACAACUUUAUUAGCAUUCUUUCGACUUUGCCAAACUGAUGAUUUUGCAAAAUCUCUUUUAUAUGAAGAAGUUCCAUCGUAUUAUACCUACGAUAAGCAACGAGGUGUCUUUAAUCGUAGACGCCGUGGCAGGCCUGUAGAUGGCGAGUCAGGUAUUUUCAAAGAACAUGUUCUUGGUAGAGUAUACACCGUUCAUCCUAACAACGCUGAGUGUUUCUAUUUGCGAUUAUUAUUACAUACUGUGCGAGGACCAACCUCAUUUAUAGAUUUGAGAAAAGUAGACAAUGUUGUUUAUCCCAGUUAUCAUGCAGCUUGCCAAGCGCGUCAUUUGCUUGAAAAUGAUCAGCAUUGGGAUGACGCUUUAGCAGAAUCCUGUGUUAGUGAUAAUCCAAGACGGUUACGUCAUUUAUUUGUAACAUUACUUACAUUUUGUAAUUUGUCAGAUGCUGUACAAUUAUGGGAAAAAUAUAAAGACAAAUUUUCAGAAGACUUUCUUAGAAAUAUAUCUAACAAUGAUGAAGGCACAACUAAUGAUAAUUUCCGUGAUCUUGCCAUAAAUCAGUGCUUAUUAGCUCUUCAGGAUGAGUUAACAGCAGUUGGCGGUAAAUCACUAUGUGAAUAUGGUUUGCCAACACCAACCUCAGUUGGAGAGGUAACUAAUAGGGAAUAUUCCGCAGAGAUUGGUUACAACUUAAUGGAACUGCUGACAACAUUAGAAAACGGUGUCCCAAUGAUGACUGCAGAACAACGUUCAGUUUAUGACCGUGUGUGCGGAAGUGUUCAAAAUAAUUUGGGAACAAUAUGGUUUUUAGAUGCACCUGGAGGAACUGGGAAAACCUUUUUGACUAAAUUAAUAUUGGCUUAUGUUCGAAAUCAGCGUAAAAUAGCUCUUGCCGUAGCUUCAUCUGGGAUAGCUGCAACAUUGCUACCAGGAGGUAAAACGGCUCACACUAUGUUCAAAAUACCAAUUGAUUUAGAUCGCACGGAAAGUCCAACCUGUAGUAUUUCAAGAAAUAGCGACAAAGCAAAGGUAUUACGCGAGUGUAAUUUAAUCAUAUGGGAUGAAUGUACGAUGGCCCAUCGAAAAGCAGUAGAAGCGGUAGAUAGAACUUUAAGGGAUAUAAGACAAAAUGAUCGACCAAUGGGCGGUAUCACGGUUUUAUUUUGUGGUGAUUUCCGACAAACCUUACCGGUAAUACCACGGGGAACCCGAGCUGAUGAGGUUAGGGCUUGCCUGAAAAGCUCUUAUUUGUGGCGUGAUAUACAAUCGGUGCAUUUGACUAUAAACAUGCGAGUGAGAACUGGAGAUAACCCGGAUGAUAGUCAAUUUUCUGAUUCAUUAUUAAAGAUUGGUGAAGGUACCUAUCCACAACUACACCAAGGAAAACUUAUUCUGACGCCUGAAUUAUGUUGUAUAGUGCAAUCUCAACCACAUCUUAUAUCGUCGGUUUACGGUGACGUAACAAAUAUAUUAAAUAGGGACAAUUCCUGGCUAUGCGAAAGAUCUAUUUUAACUCCUCGCAAUGACCAGGCAUCUGAGAUUAAUAACAAAAUACUGUCGAAUAUACAGGGGGAAAGCAAAGUUUAUAGAUCAAUAAAUAGAAUGGUCGAUGAACAAGAAGCAACUAAUUACCCGAUAGAAUUUUUAAAUUCUUUAAAUAUGCCCGGACUUCCUUCUCACGAAAUUUGUUUAAAAAUUGGCAUUCCGAUUAUUCUACUCCGAAAUUUAAGACCACCACAACUUUGCAAUGGAACUCGACUAAAAGUAACCCAGUUGCAACAAAAUAUAAUCGAGGCUCAAAUUUUAACAGGUUGCGGUGCAGGAGAAACCGUCUUUAUCCCCAGAAUACCCUUAAUACCAAAUAAUUUUCCAUUCCAAUUUAAAAGGACGCAAUUCCCAGUAUCGGUGUGUUAUGCAAUGACAAUAAAUAAGGCUCAAGGGCAGACUUUUCAUGUUGCCGGAGUAGAUCUCGGUGUCAGUUGUUUCUCGCAUGGUCAGUUAUACGUUGCUCUUUCCCGUGUUAGCAGUUCUAGAAAUCUUUAUGUUCACGUGCCGGACGGGUCAACUUUCAAUAUAGUUUACCCGGAAGCUUUGCGCUAAAGUAUUUUGAUUCUAUAGGUCCUUAAGCCUCAUGUGAACCUGAUGUAAAUAAUAUUACCAAUACAUUUUAAAUUAAUAAUACACAAGGAGUUACACGCUGACGUAGUCGCGGGCACAGCUAUCUAUACUUUUCUGCCGGAAGUCACUAUUCCACGCGGACGAAGUCGCGGGCAAAAGCUAGUAAAUGUAAUAA